AUGUCCAAAUCGAGGUUUGCCGUCGCCCUGGCGGCCGUGAGAGACCGGAUCCCGGGUCUAUCCCCUCAUGCCUACGCGCCGUUGGAAGCAGCUUCCGCGACGGUGGAUAUUGCGGGUUCGGACGAACCACGCGACACGCCGUGGGGGCGCGGAAUCGGAGACUGCUUCAAUAACUACCGGUCAACCCCGGCCGAUGCAAGGACUAGUCGUCUCUGGGGCCAGUACGCGCCCUUCUUCUCCGUGCCCUCGGACAUUGAUCCCGAGGUACCAUCGGGAUGCGUCGUCACAUUUGCGCAGGUGUUGUCCAGGCACGGGGCGCGGGAUCCCACCGCCUACAAGACGCAAGUCUACAAUGCCACCGUGGCCAAGAUUCAAGCCGGGGCUACCAAGUUCGCCCACGGCUACGGGUUCCUCAAGGAUCUCGAGUACACGCUCGGCGCAGACCAGCUCACGCAAUUUGGCAUCCAGCAGAUGCUCGACCAGGGCCGAGUCAUGGCCGAGCGGUACGGGCACCUCGUGCGCGACGACGACGACGACGACGACGGCAGCGACGGCGGGAGCGCCCUACCUUUCUCCGGGCCUCGGGCCAGGACCGCCGAAGAGGAAUACCUCGCCGCGAUCCUCGUCGUCCCCGAGACCGAGGGCUUCAACAACACGCUCGACCACGGCGGCUGCACCGAGUUCGAGGGCGGGCCCGACAGCCAACUCGGCAACCGCGCGCGCGACGCCUUUGCCGACCGCUUCGUCCCGCCCGUGCUGCGCCGGCUCCACGAGGGCCUGGGCGCGAGCCUGCACCUGACGCGGGACGACGUCGUCGCCAUCAUGGACCUGUGCCCGUUUUACUCGGUCGCGGACCCCGAGGGGAAACUCUCCGACUUUUGCCACCUUUUCACGCGGGACGAGUGGAAGAGCUACGACUACUACCAGUCCCUCGGCAAGUACUACGGCUACGGCGACGGCAACCCGCUGGGCCCGACGCAAGGGGUCGGCUUCGUCAACGAGCUGGUGGCUCGCCUCACGCGCCGGCCCGUGGAGGACCACACGUCGACGAAUACGACGCUGACGGGGUCGCCGCGCACGUUCCCCUCGAUCGCGCGCUGUACGCCGACUUUAGCCACGACAACACCAUGA